UGCAUAUCUUCAAGGUGACGGAUUCCCUGGAACGAGCCGGGACGAGUCCUGCAGCCUCCGGUGAUGCCAUUAAAUAUGCGUAAAAAGACUGUCUUGACUUUGACGCAUCAGCACGUGCCGUAGGGAGCACAUUAAAAACUGUGGCAACUUGUGGAUUUACUCCCAGUUUCCGUUCAGCUCCGCACAUGAGCAAAAGCUGAAGGGGAGCUUCUUUAACUUUCUGAUGCCAGUGAGUCCUUCAGCCCGCAGCCAGUCGUCAUGUUGGAUAAAUUUGGACCGCAGAGCGCCGGUGCGCACGUCUCCAGCGCGGAGCUCCAGCUCAAACUGACGGACAACAAGAGCAGCCUGUCCGGGAUGGAGAGCGGCAGUGGGAAGAAACUCAUAGAGAUCAGCGGACCGGCUUUAUCCAAAAGAAAACUUCUGGUGGGCUUAGACCUCCUCUGUCUCUUCCUUGCUUCCAUCCCGUUCUUUGCAUGUGAGCUCAAGGCAGUGAGCCCUUACAGACGUGGCUUCAUAUGUGGGGACCCCAGCAUCACCUAUCCUUACCUGCACAGAGAAGCCAUACCAGAUGAACUACUCAUCGCAGGUGGCAUCAUCAUCACCGGCCUCACAAUCGCCCUCGGGGAGUGUUACCGGGUGCGUUUCCGAGGCGUCAGCUCCAAGGCCUUCGUCAGGAACCUGUAUGUGUCCUGCCUGUACAAGGAGCUUGGCUGCUUCUUGUUUGGCUGCUGUGUUGGUCAGUCAUUGACCAACAUGGCUAAACUCAGUGUGGGGCGACUGCGACCGCACUUCCUGUCUGUGUGCGGUGUUACCUAUGAAUCACUCAACUGCACACCUGGAACCUACGUUGCAUCUGUGACCUGUCGCCAGCCAGACCACCGGUUAGAGGAGGAAGCCAGGAAGUCCUUCUUCUCUGGCCAUGCUUCCUUCGCGAUGUACACAAUGCUCUAUUUAGCGUUUUACCUUCAGGCACGGCUGACAUGGCGCGGCGCUCGACUGCUGAGACCGGUGCUGCAGUUUUUCCUGGUUCUGCUAGCGGUCUACACAGGCCUGACCCGCAUCUCCGACUACAGGCACCACCCGUCCGAUGUGAUAACGGGCUACAUACAGGGAGCUCUCACUGCUUACUGGGUGGCCUUCCACAUCUCGUCCAUGUUCAAAAGCUCCAGUUCGGAUCUGUCUUCAGCCGAGACCCCAGACAGCCCCCUGUCACCCCACCACACUGUCUGCUAAACGUCACAACCCCCCUUUGCACGGAUCAACACCCACGUGCCGCAUGAAGAAGUCUGGUCUGGAGAGACAAGAGAUUUUGAAGAAUGUGAGACUAUUUCCUGUGAAAUCAAACCACAUACCUCAGUAUUUGGACAGAGUAUGAGAGAGAAAGGAAGGAGCAGACAUCGCAAGAUACUGAAUGUGACUCGAAAAGAAAAACAUACUGUGUGAAUUGAGAGAAAGGAAGGGAGAAGGUGUUGAAAACUAUCCCUCAGCUUGUUUUGUAAGCAGCCUGAGCACUCAACCUUUUGUCCUUGCGACUGAUCUUAGCUUCAUCUGUGACACCUACCUGUGAGACUGAACACCAACCACUACCACUCUUUACACCGCUUGUAAAUAUAUACAGAUUUUUUUUUACAAUGAUUCUGUAAAAGCACCUUUUUGAUUUUCAUGUUAGUAUUAUUAAUUACCUAUGAUUUGGUAUGUAGGAUGUAAUAUAUUUUAUAAAACAAGGAUUAUAUUGUGUAGCUAUUUUGUUUUUUUCUGUUUUUUUUAUUACAUUGAAUGGUGUUGAAGGAAAGCACAAAUAGCAACAGAGCCACUAAUUUUCCUGUGUUUUACCAGUAGAUGUGAUAGCAUAUAUCCGUCCAUCUUUGUGUUGUUUAUCCAGUGGUUGAGAGAAUGAUCUAAUACAUAAUUAAUAGAAGAGUAUGGAUGCUACUAGUCCUCAGAGUUCUUUUUUUUAUAAUGCUAUGUAUGUUUAUAGAUUAUUUACCAGUCCAUGAGCACACAGAUCACUACAAAUAAAAGUGAUUUUUUAAAA